CACGCGGCCAUGUCGUUCUUCGCGCGCGCUGCCGCUUGCAACAUCUCGAAUUCUCGAUCGAUCGAUUCAUUGUUUUUCCUUCCCGCCAUGGCGGGUUCGUCUUCGUCUUCUCCAAAGCUGCUGCUGCUGCUUCUUCUUCCCGUCGUCCUCCUCGCUCCGCUGCUCGAAGCACGGCGUCUGCACGUGCUGCCGCCGCUGAUGUUGCCGAGCGACGGCGUGGUCGUCGGAGGCGCCGUCGAGGUCGAGGGCGGCAGGUCGGGUAACGCCCCGCCAUCGCCUCGUCCGCAUGGCCGGGUGACGCCGCUCGCCGACGGCGGCGGCGGCGGCGUGCUGAGGAGGCCGCCAGGACGCGGUCCGCCGCCACCUGGUCCAGGUGGCCAUGUGGGGCCGCUCUCCGGCGGCGUGUCGUCGUCGGCCGGGAGAUCGUCGACGAGGCCGCUGAUGAUCUCCGACGACGACGGCGGCGUGUCGGGGAGGCAGUGGCCUGCUCCCCCGCCGCCGCCUGACCCGAACACCCCGGUGCAGCCGCUCUCCGGCGGCGACGGGCGGCCGCGGCAGCUCGCGCCGCCGCCGCCGAUGGGAAACCCGCCGCCCAACACCCACCGUCGACGCACCGAUCGUCCUCCCCGCCGGCUGCCGGCGGACGACGACAUGGCCGGUUUGCUACUCCGCGUGAUCCGCGACGCCGUCGAAUACAUGGUCGGCGAACUCGGAGCCUGAUAUCCAUCGAGACCGAGAAGAAGAUACGAGAGAUCCGAGAAUUAUACGUAUAUUUGAUUUGUACGCAUGCUGAAGAAAGGCAAGUACUUACGUAUUAAUUAACGUAUACCAACUGUAUAGUCGUAUACUCGUAUGUAUGUAUUAUUGUAUUUGUAUUAGUAUACAGUGUACAGUUGUAAGCCUAGCUAAGAGGCUAGCUGAGUAAACGAGAUCAGACAGUUGCAUGCAUGUUGGUAGCUACUCAAGCUGUUGAAUUCGUCGGUCUGGUUGUGGUUCACACUGAAGUUUGAAAGUUUGGUUAAAAUUGA